CCUACGUAAUCGAAAGUGUUAGGAGUUUGACCCCCUCUCACUUUGUACCCUCUGAAAAGCUUGGUUUCAAUAAAUUUUGUGGGUUAGCCAACAUUUAACAGAUUGGAAGCAUACAUACGAUUUUCGCGAAGUUUGGCCAUGUUGGAGACCAUUUAGCUGUUAUGAAGCUGUAAAAGGUUUCCGUAUUGCUUUAUUUAUUUUCCAUCUUCUGCGCUUCAAUGACCAAGCUAGUUGACGAUGGUGAGCAAUUCUCCGCGCUUGUUGUCGGGGGCGUUGGAAUACCAAGACAACAUGAACCGGGGGACAACGACGUUCGGUUAGGGAUCAGCCCGUAUGGAGAGACCUCUCACUUCGCAGCCUUCAAUUUCAUUGCCCCCGCACAGAAGUCCCAGUUUAUUCCCCAAGUCUCCGGAUACGCAGCUGCGCUAGGAAGCCACUGCGGAGGGCACAUCGGUUCACAUGGAUACAGAGCUAUCGAUUCCAGGAAUAUUACAUUUACCUAUCGCACUCCAGACAUUGUCGAUUCCGCAGCAAGAGAUACUCGACACGGGUUUUUAAGCCGCACCGCUACAGGAAGUGUGCGAAUUCCCCCAAGGAUCUCUGAAAACCGAGCGCACACUCUCUUUUCAUCUGUAGGUGAACAGAGCGCAUUCCCAAAUGGAUACAUGGCGACUAGCAGGGCGCAUUUGGGUACACGGGGAGACAUAUUCGUGGGAGCAGAUCCGCAUCAACCUGUCUCGAGCCCGCACCCGCAUUUCAGUGAUACCCAGCUCCACUUUGAUCACAAUGUGGCCAUGGGCAUGAGAGUGACAACACAGACUGGUCACGGUGCUUUCUUUCGAUACAUGCGACAGCGCUCUAAGCAGGAUGCCACUUGUAAAUGGAUAGAUCCGAAUCAGACGAAUCAACUCCAAAAAACGUGCGGCAAGAUGUUUUGCUGUAUGUCCGAGCUGGUUACGCACGUCUCCGUGGAUCACGUCGGCGGUCCAGACCAGAGUCUGCAUACUUGCUUUUGGGAGGAUUGUCUGAGAGAAGGCAAAUCUUUUAAAGCGAAGUAUAAAUUAGUCAACCACAUUCGUGUACACACUGGAGAAAAGCCAUUCAAUUGUCCCUUUCAUGGCUGUGGGAAAAUGUUUGCCAGGUCGGAAAAUUUGAAAAUACAUAAAAGGAUUCAUACGGGUGAGAAGCCCUUCAAAUGCGAAUUCGAAGGCUGCGACAGGCGGUUCGCAAAUAGCAGCGACAGAAAAAAACACAUGCACGUUCAUACCUCAGACAAGCCAUACAUCUGCAAGCUAUGCGACAAGGCCUACACUCAUCCCAGCUCUCUGAGGAAACACUCGAAGGUUCACAAAUCUCAAACCUCCGAGAACUCCCCAACGGGAACGUCUGGAUAUGAGUCGUCCACGCCACCAGCUCCGUGUAGACCUACAUCCUCAACCAUCAAAGACUCGACAAAAACAUCCAUGCUGCUGCGUCAUAAGUCAAUAUUUAAAGAGGAUCUCUCAACCGAUUUGGUUGAAUGGUACGUUUGAAAGGGUUAACUGUCCAAGUGUAAACACUAAAACGUCAAUAGAAUUAGGAACACAGGCCGGUUUGCAACAGUUUCAACAAAGUUAUAGAGAACACAGGGUAUAGGCCUAUGCAUUGCCUUAGUGUUACGCUUUAAAGGCGCCAUCAUAAAAUGCUGUAAUUUUGGAGUAAUUUCUAUUAAUUAAUUAAUUUCCUCCCUCCCAAAUGUUUGGAAAAGUCUUAUCCUUGGAAUAGACUACACAUUGACUGUAUAACAGAUGAAAAUGUGAGCCACGCAAAGCCUUUAAAUUAAUAGACAGGCCUCUUUGUAUAAGCCUAUAGGCUACUGAUAAAUAGACAAAUAAAUGAAUACAUGAUGAAAGACAAAAAUAUACGAAAUGAAUAAGCAAAAGUCAAAUAGGCCUAUAGAAACCAAAUGUAUAAAAAGAAAGAAGGAAAGCAGAUUUCCGAGGAAAUAUAUUAAUAAAUAGAGUUGAACAGUAUAGGCCUAUUUGCAUUGUUGAUAGGCUAGCGCUAGCCUAUUUGAGCUAUUUUGUCAGAAUCCGUUUUCAGACAGAAAACGAUAGGUCUACUGUGGUCGUCAGACAUACAAAUGAAUGGCUUUAUUUCUCUAUCUUAAAAUAUACCGUUUAUAAUAUCAUUUAUUUCAUUGUGUUAUUGUUGCAACGUAUUAUGUUGGUGUAUACAUUUAUGGAUAUAAAUAAAUCAAAUACAAAUUAUAUUUCUAAGAGGCAUGCAACUUGAGUCAACUUUAAUAAGAAAUAUGUUUAUGGGCAUUUUAUACGAUGUUGAGUCUAAUAACUUAGGUAAGAUAAGAUCCAUUUGUAUAGAUGUUUGGGCGUUUAUUUUUUUUGAUUCUGGAGUCGUAACCUACCUUUUGCUAAAUGAUUCCCACAUCCAGUGUUUGAGGACAAUGCUAAAGUUGACAACCCAUUACUGCCCACAAGACACAAAAUAAUCUGAAAGUAUUCAGUUGAACGUCAAGGGAAAGGUUUUAAACAAGCAAUUUAAACACAUCUGGUAUAGGACUAGUAUGUUGUUCAGUUCGUCAAAACUAGCAUCAGAUUUAGACUCAAGUAGGCAUCUGUUGUUUUUCCUCGCUGGAAUUCAAAAAUUAAAUGAAAGCUAAAUGUAAACUACCAUAGAACAAGGCAAAAGUUUCAUAAAUAUCAGGAAGAAUAUAAUAAUAAAUUACAUAAAUUUGACCUUUAAAAAAAAUGGUGGCCUUUAAUUUAUUUUAAAUUUUCAGUUCGUUUUUUUGACGAACUGAACAACAUACUAGUUGAUUAGUUCGAAAGGAUUCCAUUGGUGCAGUGUAUCCCAAAUGGCCAAUAAAUUGGUACUACUUUAAUUUUGCCUUCCCUGUUUAUUUAUCACGAUGCUGUACAUUGUUUAGAUCCGUACACUAAUCUGCUCUCAAUAUAGCCUAUGAGAUAUCGUCUGCUUAGAAAAUUAAGAAAUUGUGUUGAAAUACCAGGAUAUCCUUUAUCAGAUUAUUAGAAUGAAUGCAAUUUUGACGAUGAGCAGAGAGAACCCAUAUUUAAAUCAAUGCACUGCACCUUUCAUGUAUUAUCUAUUGCAAGUGUUUAUUUUACUGUUGGCCUUGAACGGGCACACAACAGUUACUCACCUCCUCAACCUAACCUUCGGCUCUAUUCGUCUAGAUCUGCUGGCUUAGCUCGCACUACGUUCUAAGAGGAUCAACCCAUAUAAGCAUUUUCCAACGGCCCUUUGUCACGCAAGUGUCUGUGUCAUCGUUGAGGGGGUCUAGUCGUGUUGAUUUCUAAAGAAUAGCCUGGCUGUGCCAAUGUCAACAGACUUCCUGUCGGUUCUGCGUUUUGGGGGACAACCUCACAAGUAUAAAAUGUGUACUCAGUUACAUCACCGCAAUUUCCAAUUUCACAAGCGAUUGAGUAGUCAUGCUUGCCACAUUUGAUUUCAAUUUUUUCCCCAAAAAAAUUCCCCCAUAUCUUCAUCUUCCCUGUUCUCUUGCUUCCUCUUCACCAUAAUCAUCCUCAUUGACCUCCACGACACUGUUCUGAGGAGACUCCUGUCAUAGGAGAGGAGCAGUCAGCCAUGGUGGUGGUGGUGAAGGUUGUGGUGACAGACUCGAGCCUGCAGUAAUUGCGCCCCUGCUGAGGUGCUGGCCUGUCUUGGAUCAGGGCCCAGCAGGAGGGGGGCCCCUGACCCUGCAACCAUGGAAACAGCCAGGGGGGGUAGGAGGAGGUGAGGGUCCUAACCAGUCACAGACUAAGACCUCCUACUGGCUCAUCUCUCAUACUCACUCAACUGAACAAAAAAUAAUCUUCCACCUCUUUGGAAAACUUGGGAGAGGAGAAACUGAUGAAUAAAUAUGAAAUUCCAUCUACAGUUGAGGCGGACGAGGAGGGAAGGGAAGUUAAAGAGACCUAGCAUUCACAAAACCGUUUAUAGUCAACUAUUAGUUGAUUAUCUGAAGACCGAUGAGAAAGAGAAAAAUA